AUGUUGCAAAUGUAUCAGGAAGCUAUAGCCAUUGUGUUGGAUGUCGGACCGUCCAUGACCCAGAACAUGUAUCUCGUAGAGUCAUUACAGCUUAUUAAAAUGAUUCUGCAACGAAAACUCUUUUCAGAGUCAAAAGAUGAAAUUAUGUUGAUUUUGUUUGGUACUCGCACAUCAAAAAAUCAACUUUUCAAUGGUCAAGAGUAUCGUCAUAUUACUGUUGAGAAACCUUUGAUGCAAGUCAAUUUUGAGCUAAUUCAAUAUGUUCAAAAUAUUGAUGCCCACUAUAAAGGACAGUCUGCUGAUUUUGUGGAUGCUGUUGUGGUGGCAAUGGAUGAACUUAAAAGAUGCACAGAGGGUAAAAAGAUUUAUUCAAGCAAAAGAAUAAUUUUGCUCUCCAACUUGAUGGAAAAAUUUAAUGAUGACCAAUUAGAUGAUAUAUUGGCUUCCCUUAAAGAAUCACAUUUUGAAUUCAACUAUAUAGGGACAUGUUUGGAAAAUUGGGAAUCAGAAUCUGACAAAGGGAAGACUCACCAGCAGGCCAAUGGGGAGGUGAAUGCUCAAAAAACUGGAUUGGAAGUUAUCAGAAGAAUUCUUGAUGAAGUUGAUGGAGACUAUUUUUCUUUAAAACAACUGUUACCCUGUUUGAGUUUUAUACAAUCGAGAAGUGUUCGACCAACUGCUUGGAAAGCUAACCUAAAGAUUGGAUCAUCUCUGGAGAUCCCUAUUUGCCUCUAUACAAGGCAUCCCGCGUACAUCCAGCACAAAAUUUCUCGGAGUGAUAAUCAAGGACAACCUCUCGUGGGAUAUGCAUAUAGACUCGUUAUCGAAAAUAAUUAA